GCGGCGCUCGACGGCGGAUUCCCCGGGAGCGAGGCGCGCGCGGGGCUGGCUUCGGCUCAGAGCCGCAACCUCGCCUUGUCGUUCGCGGUCGGAGGCUGGGCGCCGGCGCUAAUGGGAACCCGGGCAGGCGAGACUCAGACCAGGCCACCGCGUCAGGUGGACCUGGGCUCUGGUCUCGGCUCCCCGGCUCGCGUAUGUGUGGACCUUGGCCCAAGCGCAGUGUGCUCUAUGGCGAAAUCCGAGUAGGGGUGAUAUCGAGCGUGCUGGCGUUCCUUUCAGCGGCACAGGGAUUGCAGGGUGCAGAGUCAUGAGAACAUCACUGUCCCGGGAAGGGACCCUGAGUGGCACGACUGACCGAAGAAACGCGCGCUGGACGUUUCCUCCCUGUGUUCCUUCGCAGUGUCGCGUUUCCUCCGCCUUCUGCCCUCCCUCUUUUUUGCGUAACCAUCAGAAAGGUUGCAAAAGUCGUGCCAGGAACACCCAGAGGCUAAAAGCUGCUGUUCACUACACGGUGGGUUGUCUUUGUGAGGAAGUCACCUCGGACAAAGAGAUGCAGUUCAGCAAACAAACCAUUGCAGCAAUUUCAGAGUUAACUUUUCGACAGUGCGAAAAUUUUGCCAAAGACCUGGAAAUGUUUGCCAGACAUGCAAAAAGAAGCACAAUUAACACUGAGGACGUGAAGCUCUUAGCCAGGAGGAGUAAUUCACUGCUAAAAUACAUCACAGAGAAAAAUGAUGAGAUUGCUCAGUUUAACCUGGAACGGAAGGCAAAGAAGAAAAACAAGUCAGAGGAUGUUAACAAAAGCUCAAGGGAAACAGUAGAAGCUGAAGCAGCGGACAGUGAGGACUGAGCUCUCACCACUGAGGCAGCCCUCUGCAGGUAGAGCCUCUGGGAGUGUCUGUUGCCUCAAAGAGAAUUUUGAAGUGAUAAGUAGAGAUUUAAAAGAAAAAAAGGCUAGGCAGCUUUGUGUGCUGAAUCUCCAAGCCAUUAACUGCAGAAGCUAGUUUAAAAGACACCCAGAAAGUCCAGCAAAUACUCCUGUGUAUUCCUCAAGCACAACAAGAAGGCAUGUGUAUGAAUGGUAUAUCCUGGGACUUACACACACUAUGGCUAAUAAAAUUGUGUGAGCAAGUAAGCAUGAUAGCCUUUUUCAAACAGAAAUCAUAGUUAUUUUUCAUUCUUUUACGUAAUUUUCUUAGCCAGAAGGCAAUCUCUGAAAGAUGAAUAAAGCUGUACUUAUGUA